AUGGCAGACUGUGUUAUGGAAAUUAUCAACGACUAUGGAAUUGCCUCCAAAGUGGGCUAUUUCAUGAUGGACAAUGCAGACAACAACGGUACAAUGAUGAAGGCUCUUUCUACGCUACUUUUCGACCAGUAUCAGAUUGUCUACAAUGCGGAACACCACCGCCUGCGCUGCAACGGCCAUAUCAUAAACCUAGCCGCUCAGUCCUUUCUCUUUCAGACCAACGAUGAAUCUCUUGCAGAUGAGAAUAAUACGAGCGCCUUGACAACGCCCACGGAACUCGAGAUGGAGCAAUGGCGACGCAAGGGGCCUCUUGGGAAACUACAUAAUAUCGUGGCAUAUAUCCAGCGGAGCCCACAACGCUUGGCCAAUUUCAGAGAGCUCAGUGGCGGCCGCAACCUCGUACGGGACAACUCUACUCGCUGGAACUCUUGGUAUGCGAUGAUCCGUACUGCAACGAAGCUUAAGACUGCGAUCAACCUCUUUUGCCACCAGUAUCAAGAGAACAGCGACGACCUGUUGUCGGAAAAGGACUGGCAAGAAUUGCAAAAGCUCCAGGACUUCCUGUUGUUCUUCUAUGAUGCCACAACAGGGACAGAAGGUCGCAAUGCAACCAUUGACAGAGUAUUGCCGACAAUGGACUUCCUCCUUGAGCAGUUUGAGACUGCAAAGGAAAAAUAUGCGGAUGACCCGUUCAUGAGUCCUUGUUGCAACUCCGGCUGGGCCAAGCUGGAUAAGUAUUACAGCUUGACGGACAGAUCGCCGGUGUAUAUUGCAGCACUAGUAUUAUCUCCACAGUGGAAGUGGGACUAUAUUGACAACAAUUGGCCUUCAGACUGGCGGGAGCCUUGUCGGAAACAAAUGUUGGAUUUCUGGACCAAAGAAUAUAAAUCCACUGCAGUUACAGUCCCUACUCAGACGUCAGAAGCAGGUAAUAAGGUCAAGAACUCCUUUCACAAGUGGGCGCAGCAGAGGAAAGGGAGCAGCCUCAGUCAGGACGAGUACACAAAGUAUCUUCUUGCUCCAAUAGUACCAGAAAUGACGGAUCCUCGAUCCUGGUGGCUUGAGCCUACUCAGAGGAAGUCUUACCCAGCUCUAUCUAUUAUGGCUUUAGAUGUAUUGUCCAUUCCGGCAAUGUCGGCGGAGCCAGAACGCCUGUUUUCGGGUACAAAGAUCACUAUUACAGACCGUAGGAAUCGCAUGGGCAUUGAAAGUAUUGAGGCGACGGAAUGCCUCAAAUCAUGGCUUGGCAAAGGCAGCAGGGUGGCCUUUGCCGACGACCUUGAUGCAGGCGGAGAGAUUCCACUAUAA